CUCUUUUUUACGCUCCUAAAAUGCGAAACAAAAUUUUACAUAAGAUAUAUUAAAAAAUACGUUUCUUAUUUAAGAUUAAUAUAUGUAGAGGGUGUUACAAAAUUCGGUGCACAUAUUUUAAGUGUAUUAUCAGACUUUUUUUUCCUAUAAAAGUUGGUCCUAAAAUGUUUUCCCUCAGAGCUACAGCCCGCCCAAGUUGCUUGAAAAACAACGAUUAUUUGAAACAGUGACUAGAGUUUGUAACGAAGUUACUAAAUUAUCUGUAAUUUUCUUAUUUAUCUAUAGAAAUAGUCGGUUCUUUUUCCAACUUACAUUAAUAAUUUUUAACAUUCGAAUUGACAACUAAGCUUUGCUCAGUAAAUUUAGGAAAGUUUCUAUUUUGUUAAUAAACGCGCAGCACCGUUUGUGUCCAUACCACCACUACUGUUACCGCGUUUACUGAGUACCGCGCAUGUUCGUUCUCUAUAUAACCCGAUGCACUGACCGGCAGUAGGUGCUGCAACAGUCCCUGGAACGAGAAGCGCGAAUGCAGCAAACGAUCAAUGAGCUUACUGAAGAGAUAAGGCAGCUCCGGCGUCAACUCACCGAAAAAUUGGCAGCUGCCCCUUCCGCCCCUGAAACCACUCCAAUAAUGGUAUCUGUCUCCGCAAUGGAAACAAACCCUUCUACCCCCAAAGAAUAUGACGACGACCCAAAAGGAGGAGAAGGAACUCCGCCCCCUCCCCAAAAGAGCAAUCACAAACCCAAGUCUCCACAAAAACCCCCACAGCCUGGUUUCAGAAAUCAGCCCCCUCUCCAACCUGUCCCACAAGCCCCUAAAAGGGAAAAAAUCCAACCUAUCGUCCUAAGAGACAAAACUUGAUGCGAUCAAAUAACUGCUCACCUAAACCAAUUAAAGAUUAAUUUUGGUCAUACCGUCAAUAUACGUGACGGUAUCAAAAUUCACCCACAAACCAUCGAUGAUUAUCGCAAAACCCAGUCCUUCCUUGAAAACCACAAGGAGCAAUUUCAUUCCUUCUCUCUCCCAGAAGAAAAAAGGUUAUACGUAGUGCUUAGA